CGGUGCUGGGAAGCGGUGUUCUCAGCGAAAUACUAUUUGAAUAUUAUCGAUUUUGUGCCUUUCAGUUAGGCAAAGUUGUGCAUGAGCAUGGCAAAGUUAGGCUGGUUAUGGCUAUGUGGCGCCCUGUUAGUUUUGUCAGUGGCCAACGGAUCGCCCGUUUCGAAUCCCGAGUCGUCGGAAGAGUCGGAAGAGACGAAGGAAGCACUGCGAGAGAUGCAGGAACUGUGCCGCAACAAUAGUGGUUCCGACCAAGCCUACGCGAAUGUGAUGGAAGAACUCAAGACAACCAUGGUUUGCUUAGCGAAAUUCGAUUUCGAACCGUUCUUCGAAGACUUCGACCAGCUGUCCAACGAGACGCGUACACCAUUCUUUGACAACUACUGCCCAAAGCUUCGGUCGGCCGUUGCGUGCAAGAACGGACUGAUCACGGCUGUAAGACCGUGCCUGGACGAGGACGACUUCGGCAUCGUCGAGGGACUCGUGGGCAUCAUACCGGACGCGGUGGAAUUGUUGUGCAAAAAUAACGGAGAGAUUAUUUUCAAACUGGAAGACGAAGACAUCGUGGAGUGCGGCAUAAAGUCGAUGGACCAGUUUAUCGAAUGUGGCAAUACCUUCCUGAACACGGCCGAAUCGUGGGAACUCUCCCAUCUGACGCAGGAACAGUGCGGUGUUGUAACCGAUUUGCGGAAGUGCUUUAAGGAGAAGCUGACUGCUUGCAAGGCACCGGACCUAAUCAGCAUCUACGAUCUGUUCCACAACGCCCUGAUCCGUAUGACACCGUGCCGUAAUUACGUGGAACAGCCGAAAGUCACGCUGAUUGAUAACAACGCGAUUAACGAGGUCUAGGCGGGCGAAACUUCCCUCGUAGCAAGUGAGGUCAAGGUCGUAUGAUUCGCGCCCAGCGCAGUUUGUGGCGUAAUAAAAAAAAGGUUUACUUUCGCA